AAAAAGUUUGGUCCCUCCUCCUCCUCCAUUCUCCGCUCUCCUUCCACCUCUCCGGGGCGGCGCACUGUUGUUUUCACCGGUGAUGGAGACGAGAAUCCCGCUACUGCCACCGUCCAUGCGGCUACCGGCUCAGCUCCUUUAGUUUAACCCGCAAAAACCGUGCACAAAACAGCGCCAAAGUGCAAAAAGAGAGCGCCGGGAGUGGAUGACUGCGCAUGGACAUGGACAGGACCGAGCAGCGCGUGUCCGUGGCCCACGUAGAGGUCCAUUUGAGCGGGGGAGCGCCGUGGGGAUUCACGCUGAAAGGAGGUCUGGAGCACGGAGAACCGCUCAUCAUCACGAAAAUUGAAGCCGGGGGGAAGGCGGCCCUGUGUCAGAGGCUUAGAGUCGGGGACGAGCUCAUCACCAUAAACGGGACAGUUCUCUACGGCAGCAGACAGGAGGCACUUAUCCUCAUCAAAGGCUCCUACAGAGUCCUCAAGCUCACCGUGCGCAGGCGUAGUUUGCCGGUUCCCAGACCUCACUCCUGGCACCUGGACCAGAUCUCGGAGCCGUCCUUACCUCCCCCUCCUCCCCCCUCUCCCCCUUGUCUCCUCCCCCCCGCAGACUCCACCCCUCUCCCCCCUCCUCCCCCCUCUGCCAUGCAGCUCCACCCCGCCCCCUGCCCUCUGCCCUGGCACAACAACGACCACAGUGAUUUGUCCAUCCAGUGGGGUGCCCUGUCUCGUCCUUACUCCUCCACCGAUCGUAGCAGUUCUCUGGGCUCUAUGGAAAGCCUGGACACGCCCACUCCCACAACACAAACAAACUACGAUUCCCACAAUUCACCUGUGGACCCCGCCCUCUUCAACAACAAAAGAGACUCUGCUUACAGCUCGUUCUCUGCAAGCUCCAAUAUGUCAGAUUACGCUACGGUGCCUUUAAGGUUUGGCGAAGGCGGAUCUAUGGAAAAUCUACUUCAAAAUUUAGGAUCGAAUGGAGAUGCUAGCCAGGUUUUGGAUAAUGGACAACUUAUUGCACUUAAGUCCAGAUCUUUAACUAGACCGAGACCAAAACAGUUUGAAAUGAAAGAACGCCCAUCUUCUUGCUGUUAUGAAGAUGAGCGAAAAGUUAACGAAUUAGCGAUUUUACAAAAUGGCAAGAGCGAAACUAAAAUUAAGUCCAACCCACCACAACCUCCUACAAGAAAAGACAGUUUCAGAGCGACUAAAACUAGACCAAUCAUUACCAACGAUCGCUGCUCCUCUGCUCCUAUUGAAAUCGGCAAUGCACCAAAUUUCUACGACGAUUGCACAACGACAAAAAAAUCCGUUCAAAAUGGCUUCCUUCCUUUGGAAAAUGACAAAGAUGAUUGCUUGGAGUCUUGCUACAUUCAAGACAAAGCACCCAUAACUUGUUCUAAAUCUUCAAAUACGGAAACUACCAUUUUUAGGCCUCAAAAUAAACACUCUACAAAUGUUUUGCACCGGCACAGCGCUCCAGAAAAACUACUAGCGCAACUACAGCUCUUGCAAUUUGAUGACGCGCCAAUUGAGGCUUACAUGCAGCCGGAGUCAACAAAUGUACCUUCUAGUAGCAGUAGCCAGCGGUCCCAACCAGAAAACGAUAAAAAUUCUUUGCAAACUUUGUCCAGUAAAUGGGGCGGUAGUCGUAGUUCAACUCCUGGUUCACUAUUUUUAGAAGACUGUGUAGAAAGAGAAGAAUUCCAAAAUGAAAAAUUGGAAGUCAGUUGUGAAACUUCAAAUCAAGUUGCGUGGGGGAGGUCUGUUAGCGUGCCAGAAGAGCAGGUAGCUUUAUCAGUUUGUAAUAAUACUUUGGACAAUGUCAAUGAGAGAGAUUUCCAGCCACUAAGUUCAGCUCUGAGUGUUGACACCUUAGUUGAAAAGAAAACUGAAAUCAUUGAAGUCGAAAGCGCAACGUUGAAAAAAUCUUCUCGCAAUCUCAGGAAGAAUCGGAGACGGAAUGAGCGUUUUGCCACAAACCUGAGAAAUGAGAUCCAGAGAAAGAAAGCCCAACUUCAGAGCAGCCGUGGCCCAGGUGGGUUGCUCUGUAGCGGGGAGACCGUUCACGAAGAGGGCCCUGAUUUUCAAGAAGACGGAGAUUUUGAACCAGAAAGAAAAGUUGCAUUUGCUACGACUACUACUGAUACUGCUGCUACUACUACUUUGGAACACCCUAAGACAACAAUGGAAAACUGUUUGCUAGAUUCAACUAAAGAAGUUGUGCAGUCCAACCCAUCAAGAGCUGUUCAAAUUGUCGACUCGGGUGUAGCUAGUUUUGGUAUUCGCGUUAUUGAAGAACCAGCACCCGCAGGUAAAGCCAGAAGAUGGCGAUGGACUCCCGAACACAAACUUCAACCCGAAAAUGACCCCCAACCAAGACGCAACGAUGAAAAACUUUUGGCUCCUUCUCGCCACGGAGUUUGCGCAUUCAUGUCUUCGUCAAUUUCCACCUAUCCUCGAUCGAUGUCUUGUUCGAGGAUGGAGCAGUCCGAUAUUUUGCCGUUCGCAGACAGAAUGAAGUUUUUUGAGGAGACGAGCAAAAGCGGAAUUACAAAAACUGCGAGCCAACCAAAACAAAAGUCCUACAAUGUACAGGAACAAGCCGGAGAUCUUGGACCUUACCAAUCGCAAAGAAGAUAUUCGUAUCAAGGCGGUUACAGACAAGAAAGUUCAAAUUUGAUGGAGGCAAGGAGGCAAUCGGUAAGUGCGAAAGAGAGGGAGGAAAGACUGAGACAAAUGAGAGGAGAAUUGGAGGAGAGGGAGACAGAAGAACGGAUGCGCCAAUGGGAAAGGGAGAGAGAGAUGGAGAGACGACAGGAGCUGGAGAGGAUACGAGAGAUGGACAGAAUGAAAAGAGAGAAAGAGGAGAUGGAGAGAGAAAGGGAGGAAUAUUUUGCAUCAAAUUGUCAAGAGAUUCACCAAAACUACCAUCAGCGCAGGGAUAAUUUGAACAACUUUCAGCCUGACUCCUGUUCGGCCUUUUAUCCAGUGAAGGGGCCAUCGCUGCAGUUUGAUGAUCAGCGCCAUCAAGGAUUUACUCCGACAGAGAUGUAUUCCGCCCGGCAACAGGAAACCACCAAGCUCAACAGGAAGUACAGCCUGACGGAGAGGGACUUUUCAAGCAGACCAUGGGAGUCCAGACCUGUAGAGCAAAUCCGCCGGACGCACAGACAAGACAGUCACUCUGCACCUGCCCCUGCCCCUCUCCGCACCAGGGCCAUGUCCGAAAACGACCUGCGCUUCGAGGCUCCCCACCAGCGCUGGUCCCCCUCUCUCUCCAUCGCCAGCACUCAGACCCUGACUGAAGUGAACGAAGGAUUUAACCAGAACUUGACAGAAAAAACAGCAAAGAAAAAGACCCCUCCUCCUCCCAGACCCCCACCUCCAAAAUGGGAACAGUUUCAUAAAAGACGAGCAUCGCAUCACGCCAUCUACUCCUCCUCUCCUCAAACUGUGACGGGAGCCUUCUCCAGCCAGUCUUCAUUUGAAGAGACGUCCAGACAGCGCUCCUAUAGUCUGCCUCCUACUAGACAAGAACUCAGCUCCACAACAAGCACAUGUUCAAAGUGCUCCUGUCACCAAGAUCAAAAUUUCCCCCAAAAUUCAAGAAACCACCACCAAAACCUACCACAUGAUGAAAAUUUACCCCCAAAUUCAAGAAACAACCACCAAAAUCUAGCCCAGGACCAGCCAACACUGCAAAGUUUGCACCAAAACUCGACCGACAACCAACGAUUUCACCAAACUCAAGAUAUUCAGUGCUAUAACCAGGUCCCUCCCAUUCAAGUUCAAAAUUCUGUCUCCUCCGAUCAAAUUCAACCCUCUCACGAAUUAUCCAAUCAUAGCUGGCCUUACCACCACAUCCCAGCCAAUCAAAUUCAAGCUCCUCGUGUACUGUCCGGCUGUAGACAGAUUCAGGAAGUCUCACCAGCCAAUCAGAUUCCACCUUUGUCGGUUUCCUCCAAUGAAAUCCAACCAUCUCAAAUUCAAAAUCGGCCUACUUAUAAGCAACCCGCCUACGUCCCACCAGCCAGUCAGAUACCUCCACUCCACCUCUCGUCCAAUCAUAUGCAAGAACCUCUCUUCACUAUAGCGCCCCCUAGCCCCAUGUUCUCGCGGCGCAGCUUCAGGCCAGUGGCGCCGCCCCAGUGGAACAACAGGGGAAGUGUCAGUGAAGAGACAGAAGAGUUCCCACCUCCUCCUCCUCCGGUCGCAGACGACUUGGACGACAGUUUUUCAGACUCCGAAACAAACGUCAUCUUAAACCAAGAACAAAUUACCAAAACCCAACCGUCUAUCACAAGGCACACAGCUGAAUGGGAAAGAUCUGUAUCUCCCAGGAUUCAUAGUGACACACCUCCACCACCUCCUCCUCCUGUUUUUCAAAAUGGAAAUCCAGAAACUUCUCUCUCUAUUAACUUACAACAAAACCACAAUUUGAAAUCAGAAUUUGAAACUAUAAACAAUAUAAAUGGCGUGAUUGAACCAAAAAAUAUCGAAAUUGACUCAGAGACUACUUUAAGUCCAGCCCAGAGUUUAGACACAGAUUUGGAUGCACCACUAGAGACGGACAUUGACGACUUCCAGGAGGAGGGACUUCCUGUUGCGAACGAGCCAAUCAGCAGCGAGCUCCCGUGCUUGGCUCUCCCUGUAACGGUGCUGGAGACGGACCUUGACACGUUACCCGAGCAUGAGACCUCUCCUUCGAGCACGGCACGACCCGACAGCAGCCUCCUGGAGGAAGAGCUGGAGGUCCGGGAGGAGGGGAGCCUGGAGGAAAUCUUCCCGCAGAGCAGCGAGGGCGAGUCGGGCACAGAGAGCUGGAGAGGGGCCUCCCAAAGCACGGAGCACAACACCGACAGUCUGGACAGGCGCUCUGGGGCAAGUUCGAGCUGCUCGUCUUAUUACAGCACAUCCACAGCCAAAGCUCAGCUUCUGUCACAGAUGAAGGAUUUCACCGAGGAGAGAGAGAACCAGGAUGAACUCAUGUAUAAGAAGCAGCUGAUGGAGAGUUUGCGGAAGAAGUUGGGAGUUUUGAGAGAGGCUCAAAGAGGACUUCAGGAGGACAUCAGAGCCAACGCACAACUCGGCGAAGAGGUGGAGGCGAUGGUGGUGUCUGUGUGUAAACCCAAUGAGGUGGAUAAGUUCCGGAUGUUCAUUGGAGACUUGGACAAAGUGGUCAGUCUGAUGCUGUCUCUGUCCGGACGCCUGCUCCGAGUGGAAACGACUCUGGAUACCCUGGACUCUGAGAGUGACCACGAAGAGAGGCUCCCUCUGCAGGAGAAGAAACGUCAGCUCAUGCGCCAGUUGUCGGAGGCUCAGGACUUAAAGGAGCAUGUGGACCGCAGAGAGCAGGCUGUGAGCCGAGUCUUGGGCCGGUGUCUGAGUCCGGAGCAGCACCGAGACUACAGUCACUUUGUGAAGAUGAAGGCAGCUCUCCUGGUGGAGCAGAAGCAGCUGGAGGAUAAGAUCCGUCUGGGAGAAGAGCAGCUCCGUGGGCUCAGGGAGAGUCUGGGGCUGGGGGUGGGGGCAGGCUUCGGGUUAGCGAUGGGCUACGGGCAAUACUGACGCCUGCAGCCAGGGGGCGACUCUUGCACCGCACUGAGGGAUAGAACCCGAACAAACUAAUUCAACGGCUUAUUUUUCACACCACAAGUACCACCAAAGAAAAGAUUUGGCUUUCCGAGUCCCACUAGAUCUAAACCACAUCUACAACAAGUCUAAUCUAGGACCAGGUCUGAAAAUGCUCUACAUCAUUUCCACUGUUCUAAACAAGACAUUAUCUAAAGGAGGAUAAAGAAGUGGAUAAAAGAACUUUAAAUUAGACAAACCCACAAACUGAAGAACUGUCCAUGUACGACCUGAAGGAGCUCGUGUACCACAGUUUGAGAAACACAGAACUAUUUUUCUGAUACGUCUGUAAUAAUUGGAGAUAGAAGCUUCAAAUAGAUUAACUCUGUAAUUACAGCACCUGUCCACAACAAAAACUGGCACAAAGUUCAUCUUCUCUGCCAGUGUAGGUUAAAGUGAGACUAAAUGCUUAAACUCCGCCCACAACCACACUUUAAAUAGACCUGCUAAACUGGGCAGUACCUGGAGGACUAAAUAAGCUAGGUGUUUGUAAUCAGAAACAUGGACAGAAGGAUCCAGAACAUUUCUACUGAGGAGGAGCUGACGACAUGAAGAAUGACAUUUUUACACUGAUGGGAACUUCAGAAGGAAUUUAGUCUAAUUUUGACUUGAGCAAUUUUCAUGUGGUUUACAUUUUAGUGGCCAAAACUAUUUAGUUGUAUUUGUUUGACAUGAUUCUGAUCAUUCACUGAUCUUUAAAGCCACAGUAUGUAACUUUUUAGGCAACAAAUAGACUAAAUGUGUGUGUUUAUGGCAUCUGGAAAAACUUUGAGUGGUCUUCCGUCUCCACAAACCUGACUCUUUUUUUGACCUGAAGAAAAAAGAAAUGUUGUUCCUUUGGCUAUAAUCUUCCACACUAUGGCGUAAACCUUAUUAAUCUCUAUUCAGGUGACACACAACCUCCAGAAAGUUACAUACUGUGCCUUUAAUAUUUGAAGUUUUACAAACCGAUGACUGUAUCAAUGAUCCCCACUGCUGAGAAUAUUUUUCAUGCAAAACACUAAACACUAAAUACACUAAAUAAGUCUUUAAACCGUUAUCACUGUAGCUGUGCCUUGUUUUCACUACAUUUGCAUUGCCAAAGACACUAUUUGCUUUUGUUUUUUAAAUCGCUGCUUAAAUAUUUUGGUGCUUCACUUUCAGUUUUUUCCCAUUUUUGUGAAGUCACAUUAACCAAUAUUUUUCUUUCUUUGUAUUUUAUGAAUGUUGCGGGACGACACGCCUGCCUGUUUCCACGUUUGAAAAAAAUAUUAUUUUCUGAUUGUUUUAAACAUUACUGUAACUGUUUGAGUGGAGUUUGACACUUCACCCUUUUGUACAAAUACUUUUGUAUCUUUGAAUUGUAUAUCCCUUUUGUGUAUAUUUGAAACGAUUUGGAUGUAAAAAUAUGACAGAAAAAGAACCAGAACGAUUGCAUUUGUUGUAUAUUUUGACAAGGACCUAAUUUUGAUCUGAAAUUUGAUGAUGAAAACUGUUAAAACUUUGCUAAAUAAGUUAGAGUUAGGGUUAACUUUUCUGGUGGAGAUAUUGAUUUACUUGGAAUGCUCCCUAUUAUGGCAUUAAACCAGACCAAGUUACAGGUCAGAUGUAACUUCGUCUGGAAAAGCAACCUCACCCUCUGUAAGAAUGUGUAUUUUUUAAAGGCGACAGUAGCUCAGUUGGUGCUGCUUGUCCGACGGGUCAAAUCCCACUUAACAUAAAAAAUAUAAUUGGUUGAACAGGUUGGCUGUGCCUCCCACAAAUGAAUGCUGCCGCUGUGUCCUCGGGCAAGACACUUAACCCACCUUGUCCCCAGUGUCUGCAUAUGAAUGGGUGAAUGGGUGAGUGGUUCCUUGAUCUGAAGUGCUUUGAAUGCCUUAGAGGUCGAAAAGCACUUUAUUAAAUAUAAACUAUUUCACCAUUGACCAAGGCAAUAAAACAGCUGUAAUGAAAAAAAAUGCAAGAACAAUUUAAUGGCAUACUGUGGAACAUUCCGGGUAAAUCAGCAUCUCCAUGGAGACAAGCAGGUGGUUGACCCUUCACUAGAAAAGUUACACUGUACACCUUUAAUAGAAAUUCCAAAUUAAAAAUCAGUGAUUAUCCAGUAAUUACAUAUUUAACACCUGUUGCACCCGGCUGUUUUUGUAUUUUAAGUAUUUUAAAUUUUAACAUUUAUUUUAUUUUGGUUCUUGUAAUUUUAUCAAAACACUAAAGACUCUUUCCAUAUUUCACUGUUUAUUUUUGUACAUAUUUUUCUUGAUUUUUCACCAAAAUGACAGAACUGAAGUUGCUCGAAAAGUUAAAUUGUUAAGUUUGAUGGUUUUUGUAAAAUGGCUUUUUUUUUUUUUUUUUUUUUUUACUGUGGAAAAUGUGUACAGAGAAAAAAGCAUAAAUGAUAAUAGUAUUUU